AUGAUCACAUGACACAGUAUCACUUCUCGUUCAAAAUGGCUUUGGGAUGUAACAGGUUUCAGAAAUACCCCGCUAUUCUCAUAAUUACAUUUGUUUUGUUGUGUUUUUCAUGCACUGCUUUGUCCAGAAGAUCGUACAGAUACGGGAGUAACGCGCAUGUUUCUGAAUCUAAAGUGGAGGAUCAAUGGUUCAUCCAGAGACUGGAUCACUUCAAUGGAGCAGACACUCGAGUCUGGAAACAGAGAUAUUUUAUCAAUGAGAGUUUCUAUAAACCCGGUGGUCCAGUGUUUCUAAUGAUCGGAGGUGAAGGUCCGGCAAACCCCGCUUGGAUGCAGUACGGUAGCUGGCUGCUGUACGCGCAGAAACUGGGCGCGUUGUGUUUCCUACUGGAGCAUCGCUUUUAUGGGAAAAGUCACCCGACAGAGGAUCUGAGCACGGCGAAUCUACGUUUUCUCAGCAGUCGUCAGGCACUGGCAGAUCUCGCUCACUUUCGCACGGUCACCGCAGCCUCGCGAGGUCUCACUAACAGCAAGUGGGUUGCGUUUGGGGGUUCUUACCCAGGGUCCCUUGCUGCCUGGUUUCGUCUGAAGUAUCCACAUUUGGUUCACGCUGCUGUGGCGACCAGCGCACCUGUACACGCUACAGUCAACUUUCCAGAGUAUUUAGAGGUGGUGUGGAGAUCACUGGCAGCGGAGAAUCCCGAGUGCCCACUGCUGGUGAAGAAGGCGUCAGACGCGUUGGUGGCUAAACUCGGUGACCCAAAAACCUAUGAUAACAUCACCAAAGACUUCAGGCUGUGCUCUAAGCUACAGAUCCAGUCUAAGAUGGACUCUGCAAGUCUUUUAGAGGCUCUGGCCGGAAAUUUCAUGGAUGUGGUGCAAUACAAUGAAGACAAUAGGGCUUUUGAGGGUGUUGUGGGCACUAACAUCACCAUUAAGGUGUUGUGUGGCAUAAUGUUAGACUCAUCAUUAGGUGACCCGUACGACCGGUACGCCGCAGUGGCUCAACUGAUGCAGAAGACGUUCUCUCAGUCCUGCACAGACGUCCAGUACAAAAACUACAUCCAGGAAAUGAGCAACACGAGCUGGAGCGGCCCAGCAGCUGGAGGAGGACGGCAGUGGGUCUAUCAGACUUGCGCUGAAUUUGGAUUUUAUCAAACCACAGAUUCACCAAACCAGCCUUUUAGUGGAUUUCCCUUACAGUUUUACCUCCAGCAGUGUGCCGAUAUAUACAAUCUGAGCACCUCAUUGGACGAUGCAGUCCAGCAGACCAAUGAGGAAUAUGGAGGAUAUGACAUCAAAACAACACGGAUCGUUUUCCCCAAUGGUUCGAUUGACCCCUGGCACGCUCUCGGCGUAACUCAGGACAUCACAGACGAACUUCCAGCUGUAUUCAUCAAAGGGACGGCUCAUUGUGCUAACAUGUACCCAGACCGAGCAGAGGACCUUCCUCAACUGAGUCUGGCACGGGACCACGUCUUUCUUCUGCUUCAGAAGUGGCUGGCUAAGUGAUGGACGAUCAACAAAGCCAAUCAGAUACAGUUUUGAUGACUUGCAUGUAAUGUAAUGUAAUUUAAUCAGGCAUCAGAAACAACUGUACUGCCACGGUACCAUAGCACUGCAAAUAAAGCAUUUUCUUUCUUUUGAAACAAGAUGAAAGUCAUGUUUGCCUAAUCAGUUUUUAUGCAAUACUGUAUGUUUAUAAAAGAGUAAAUUAAGUGUUUUUCUUCAGUCGCCUUUUGUAUAUUUUGGAAAUUUCUCAAUAAAGCUGCUUUUAAGAGUU